GUCAAUAUUGGACUUUCGUUUGUAUUUUCCCUUGUUUGUGUGUUGCACGUUCCUUUGAUUUUUGUUCUCAAAUAAUUAAUAAAAUUUUGCUUGUUAAUUCCAAACUCUUGCAAAAUGUCUCAGAGUCGCAUUAAUGUGUUUGUGCCACCGAUCAACAAUUUUCCUGAGCUCAUACUGGGCGGCUAUGCGCUGAAGGAUCGCGUACAGGUUCUGCCCCAGGGUCAGGGGCAGGGUCAGAACCAGGGCCAAAGGAGCAAGUCCAAGCCAAGUUCCACCGAGCCCCUCGAAGAGCGGGAGCUGCAAUAUCUAUACGUUAUUGAUAGCCAAGGCCGCCUCCUAGAGCACAUGCGCUACUCUGGCGACUAUCGUGUGGCCCUCAGGGAGGCCUUCGCCUCGGAGAAUAUAGUACCUAGCAAGAUCGCGCUGAAUUCGCAAGCCCAGUCGGAUCUGAAGAGAGAGCCAUCGACCUCCAAUACCGUACUGACCCAGACUCAGACUCAGUUCCAGUUCAAGUUACAGUCCCAGUCCCAGUCUCAGGCCCAGGAGUUGCAGUGAUCACAAGAAGGAAGAUGACCGAAGAACGAUGGACAUAGUUUAUUAUUCAAAUUGAUCAGUAAAUACAAAAUCUAGUUUCAAAUCGGAAA